CGUUGCUAGGAAUCCGAACAGUGAGGUCGUAAAGAGGCUUUAGUCUCUCUCUUACCACGAGUUAUCAACAUAGCAAAGCGUUGCUACGGGCUACACAAGUCAUUUCUGUACUUCACUCAAAUACUAUACAUCGUUUUAUUCGAAAUAACAGUUUUCAGAAGAUCUUGAACGAAAAACAAAAAAAAAAAAUUCAAGUGGACGGUGUUUUGUCGUGUGUGUCAGGUCCCUCCUGUUUCUUGAAUCUUGAUCCUUGCGGAAAAAAUUGUUGUGCAAAAACAAUUUCGUUUUUUUUGGCGAAUUCAGCAUCUUUUUUGUCCGAAAGAAAAGAAAAAAGAAAGUGGUGUCUUUUUCGGCCAUGCUGCUGUUCGAUCCGCCAUUGUAGAACAACCACCCGGCAAAUACCCCUCCUUUUUCAUCACCCCUUGUGUGCAUGUGUCCCCCUCCUGCUCUCCCCUACAUCUUGUUCUCUAUCUCCCCCUCACCACGUGAUUCAUACUUUGGGGGUAGCUGUUUGAACAUGCUUCUUCUAUGAAAGAAGAAUUAUCAUUUUCUUUGUUGCUUUCAAACGGCAAACAGUGCGAUUGAAUCAAACUUAAAACUUACUCUCUCACCGAUUCACUUGAAGCAACCCCUCUACCUCCAGAAGAAAAGAUUUUUUUUUCUUCAAUCAUGUUGAGUGUAGGCAAUGCCAAUAUCUUCCCGGCUCACUUUGGUGGUUUGUCCGCCGCACUGGCAGCAGGUAUGCCCGUUACGGCAGCCGGACCAGUGGCCGUCGGUAUGCCCGGCUCAGCUGCUGCUGUUGCCGCCGCCGCCGCUGCAGCCGCCGCAGCUGGACUUUUGCCCGGAAACGAGAUGAACUCGCCAUCGCCCGACAUGUUCACCACCGUCAGAACGGGCAUGGAUAGCAAUAGCAACGGCUCGGCCGGUCGCGGCGGAUUGAAGACGGAAGUCGGAAUGAGUGGACUGGCCUUGGAUCAGAGCAGCUCUUCCGGUCGCUCGACGCCGACCGACCUGCCGCACAACAAGCUCUUUGUGGGCGGUCUCAGCUGGCAAACGUCGGCCGACAAGCUGCGCGAGUACUUUGGCCAGUACGGCACCAUUAUCGACGUUCAGGUCCUCAAGGAUCCUCUCACUCAGAGGAGCCGAGGCUUUGGCUUCAUCACCUUCGCCGAGGCGAGCAGCGUCGAUCGCGUGUUGGCCGUCCCUGCGCACACGCUCGACGGCAAGAAGAUCGACCCGAAACACGCGACGCCCAAGAACAAAGGCAAAGCGACGCCUUCGUCCAAGACGAAGAAAGUCUUCGUCGGCGGCGUCAGUCAGGACACGUCGGCCGACGAAGUCAAGGCCUACUUCAAUCAAUUUGGACGCGUCGAGGAGGCCGUCAUGCUGAUGGACCAGCAGACGAAGCGCCAUCGCGGUUUCGGCUUCGUCACCUUUGAGAGUGAGGACGUCGUCGACCGCAUCUGCGAGAUCCACUACCACACGAUCAAGAACAAGAAGGUCGAGUGCAAGAAGGCGCAGCCCAAAGAGGCCAUCCUCGCCUCAACGACGACUGCCCUGUUGGCCGCCAAGCGCAGUGUACUACUCAACGGGCUGGGCGUGGCCGGAUUGGCUCCGGGAGUCGCUCACGUACAGCAGUCGGCUGCCGGUCAGGGAGCAGCUCAGCAAUUUUUGGCUGCCCAAGCGGCUCAAGUUCAAGCUGCCGUUGCAGCCCAUCAACAGCAGGCCGCUCAGGCCCAGUCUGCAGCCGCUGCCGCUGGCUACGGCAAACUAUUGGCCAGCUAUCCGGCAUUGGCUAGUUAUCGUUACAGUCCUUAUUCUCUGCCCGGCGCUGCCGCUCAGGGCAAUGCCCAAGCGGCGGCUGCAGCUGCUGCCGCCGCCGCCGCUGCUGCCGCCUCUUCCGGUCAUCAUCACCACCACCACCACGCCAUGUCGGCCGCGUCGCCGGCCGCACAGCAGGCGGCCGCCUACCAGGGAUACAGUCUGGCCAACGUCGACAUGUCCAGCUUUCAAGGCGUCGACUGGAGCCAAAUCUACGGCAUGGGAAUGUACGUCUAGCGACGCUAUCUACCCUCCCCCCUCAAACAAUCUGGAAUAUAAAUUCCUUUUCGGCGUCCUUUCUCUCUCUCUUCUAUCUCACUUUUUUUUUUUUCUACCUUGAUCAAAAUUCGUUUUCUUUUUUUCUUGUCGAAACCAACGAGCUUCCAGCACCACACUCAUUUGAAUUCUACAACGAUUUUUGUUGUAAAAACUUGUUUCGCGGAAAAGCAACGAGUUUUCGUUGAAAUGAGGAUGAAAUAUCAAGGCUCCUCUUAGAAAAUUGUGUGUCGGUGUUAUUGUGAAUUCCCCUUCUUUUUUUUUUUUUUCCUGUCUCUUAGUCCCUUUCCUAUUUAAACUUGAUAUAUCACACAUUUUCUUUUGUGAGCCGUUUUAAAUGAAGAAGUAAUAAUUAAUCAAUAAUCAUUCAACGAGCAAUAUGCGAUCACUUCUAUCGUCUAUGCAGCGCGAUUCGUUUCACUUUGUCGUGUCAUGUUUUCAAAUUUUUGAAAGAAGAAAAUGGCUCCCUUAUUGAAUUUUCGUUAUUCUAACCUCUUUUUCAUAGUGGCGCGGUUCAUCCGCAGAAAAACAAUUUUUUUUUUUGGAUGUGGAAAUUUGUCCACCCCACUUAAUUUUUUUUGUUAUACAUGUUGGAUCUCAGCCUCCCAUUAUAAUUUUUUUUGAACGUCUCCCAAGUCCCACCUUUUCUCUAAUUCUUGCCAAUUUGGACAAUUAAGUUCUUGCCUGCUCUUUGAAAA